AUUUAGAACUAUUGAAAAACUUAUAAGACCAAUAGAUAUGGAGACUAAAGUGGUGGACAUAAAUUUAAGACACUUUUAUUUUUGCUAUAACUCAGCCGCAUUUCUAGCUAGAGACCUGAUUCUUUCAUAGUUAGAAAGAUCUUGUCAUGGAUCAUGUAACCUGAAAAAAUUGUCAAAAUCAAAUAUGUUUUGGAUGAGCUACGGUGAAAACAAUUUUGCGCCAGCGGACAUAAAUUUAAGACACUUUUAGUGUUUUACAUUUUUUUACCUAACGAUUUUGUUUAAAGUAUUAGAGUCAUAUAUCAAUCGGUACAGAAUUUUGUGCUUUACAUUUUUUGGAAAAAAAUUUUCAUCCAUCAUCAAAUUAUCGUAGUUUAAAAGCUGAAUUUUGAUUGGUCACAGUGAAAAAUGUUGUUUCGAAAUGAGUAGGACAAUAAAGGCAAUAAUUCUGAAAAGCAACUAGCGAUUAAGAUAGAGCGUGAAAAACUGAACAAAAUCAUGUAAUUUUUGUGCAAAAAGAAUAAUGUUUAAGGAUAGAUUUGUUAUGGUUUUUGUUGAUGAUGAGUCAUCGAUUCUCGAAUUUAAUUUUUUUUUUCGACCAAAAAUUAAGUUUAGAAUUUUGAAUUUAUAUGCGUUUGGUAGAGAAUUAAAUUCUCUACAAGAUGAGACCUUUCGCAUUUCUCUAUAACACCUAUAAAAAUUGUCCGGAACCUAGGAAUUGUAGUCCGUAUAUAUGUGAAUCUUGGGUCUCCAGAAGUGAACAAAAAUCGCGAAUCACAGCGCACUACUGUCCACAUGAGACUAAACGGAUUGGGUGGAUAGUAACAGACUUUGAUUCAAGUUUUUCAGUUUACUUCUCGGUGAUAAAAUAUACCAGAAAAAGCGACAUUUAUCGAGCAAAACGAAUUUCGCUUAUGAACUUCGAACUAUCCACAGUAAUACAAUUUUUGUAGGUAUCACAGAGAAAUGUGAAAGGUCUCAUCUUGUAGAGAAUUUAAUUCUCUACAAAACGUAUAUAAAUUCAAAAUUCUAAACUUAAUUUUUGGUCGAAAAAAAAGUUAAAUUCGAGAAUCGAUGACUAAUCACCACCAAAAUUAAUAACAAAUCUAUCCUUAAACAUAAUUCUUUCUGCACAAAACUUAUAUGGUUUUGUUCAGUUUUUCACGCUCUAUCUUAAUCGCUAGUUGGUUUUCAAAAUUAUUGCCUUUAUUAUCCUACUCAUUUCGAAACAACAUUUUUCACUGUGACCAAUCAAAAUUCAGCUUUUAAACUACUAUAGUUUGAUGCUGGAUCAAAAUAUCUUUUCCAAACUGUAGAGCAUAAAAUUCUGCAUCGAUUGAUAUAUGACUCGAAUAUUUUAAACAAAAAUCGUUAGGUAAAAAAGUGUAAAAAACUAAAAGUGCCUUAAAUUUAUGUCCGCUGGCGCAAAAUUGUUUUCACCGUAGCUCAUGCAAAACAUAUCUGAUUUUGACAAUUUUUUCAGGUAACAUAAUCUAUAACAAGAUCUUCCUAACUAUGAAAGAAUCAGGUCCCUAGCUAGAUAUGCGGCUAAGUUAUAGCAAAAACAAAAGUGUCUUAAAUUUAUGUCCACCACUUUACUUAAUACUUAUGAAAUUUAUUCAAACCUUUGAACUUAUUGUUCAAACAGUAUAUAAUACUAAUUAAUUGAACAUACAACUAUCUAUCUACUAACGACAAAACAUAAUUCGCAAACAUUUUGUCGUUGGCUGUAUAAUUCAAAAGAGUUAAUCUUCAUUUACAAUCUCUAAAUGUGAUUUUUUUCAUACUCGGAUGAAAUUAUUUUUCACAUAUCACACAGAUUAAAAGAUCAAUGAAAAAAUUUCAUAUAUAUUUUUUAUUUUAUCUUUCGGUUUAUCAAAAAUUCUAUUUACAACUCACACGUAGACUAAUUCUUUUUGAUAUAUUACAGUAAUUACACAAAUAUAUAUAUAUAUAUAUUCAGUCAGAGACUUACAUGAAUCUUUCUUCAAUGGAUAAUAUGUGACCAUAUCAGAAUUUUAAAAUAAUCCACAAAUUCAGCUAAUAUUUUAUAUUUUCUUUUUCCUAGAUUCGUUCAUCAUUUCGAUCAAAUAAUACUCUUAAUACUAUGUCACAUCUUGAUUCAAAUUUAUCAAAUUCUUCUAAAACACCAUUACAACUUUUCUCUAGUGCAAAUGAAAAUUCUAAUCAAGUACGUUCAUUACCUGUUAAUUCUCAUUCGCGUACGUCAAUUUCACCUUCAC